CCAUGGUUCUUGUUUGCCGACAUCGCGAGAGUUGUCAUUUGCCCCAUGACUGAUACAUCAGCGCUGUGACUGUCUCUUGUUGUCGUUAUUAAUUUACAACCAGAGCUACCCUAAUUCUCCAUACAGCUUACACCUUAUCUCGGCGCGACUUGAACACAACGUACUGCGUCCUUGUUCUUCCAGAGUUGGUCUUGGUACCAGCAGGCUUCAACUUGAACGAUGAGGUCGUCAUCCGCUUUGUUGGGGACGCUUCUUCCUCUGGUCUCCGCUGGCGUCCAAAACAGUGGUGGACAAGACCCUAUGCGAGCUCAGAUUGAUCCAAAUAAAUACCAAGCAGCCUGCCCAGAUUACAAGCACUAUGCCAUGCGACCACAUCCACCCUACAGCGAGGGUCCACUCGAGCUGCCAUUCCAACGUCCCGCGAAGUACUGCAGAACAUUCGAAUCGCCCCUUGUUGAGAAGGUGAUAAAAGAUAUGAACAAGAAAAUGGUCGACAAGGAUCUCGCGCGCAUCUUCGAAAAUGCGUUUCCGAAUACGCUGGAUACGACUGUUCGAUGGCACGUGGAUGGUACCGUCAAGCACAAGCCGUCGAAGAGGUACUGGGAUCCAGCUGCCUGGCAAGGACCGCAAAGCUUCAUCGUGACGGGUGACAUCAAUGCGGAAUGGCUACGCGAUUCCACAAACCAGCUGGCGCAGUAUCAGCUUCUCGCAAAGAAAGACAAGGACAUCCACCAGCUUAUCUUGGGAGCAAUUAACACGCAGGCGGAAUACGUCAUUGGGUCUCCAUACUGCAACGCCUUCCAGCCUCCUCCACCGAGCGGUCUCAAUCCCACAUUCCAAAGCGGCGACGACAACGUUCACCCUGCGUACGAGCCGUCCUUCGUCUUCGAGUGCAAGUACGAACUAGACUCCCUAGCACAUUUCCUAUCGCUCUCGAACCAAUUCCACAACCACACUGGAUCCACCGAGUUCGUGAACGGCCGCUGGCUGCUUGCCCUGGACACCUUACUCGACGUUCUAACCGCACAAUCGAAGCCCACGUUCAACGAGAAAACCAGCGCCUUCCAACGCAACGAAUACACCUUCCAACGCCACACCAACAUCGGCACCGAAACACUCAGCCUCAGCGGCGUUGGAAACCCCCUAAACAGCGGCACUGGCCUCGUCCGCAGCGCCUUCCGACCUAGCGACGACGCCACAAUUCUAGGCUUCUUCAUCCCCGCCAACGCCAUGAUCGCGGUCGAGCUCGAACGCACGGCCCAGUUGCUGGAGAAAUCAGGCAAGAAGAACGUCGCUGAACUGGUCUCGGACUGGGGCAAGACGAUCUCCAAGGGCGUCUGGGAACACGGCGUCGUGCAGCACAAGAAAUACGGCGAAGUCUUCGCUUUUGAGGUCGACGGCUACGGCUCCUCCAUAAUAAUGGACGACGCGAAUCUGCCCUCACUACUGGCCCUGCCUUUAUUAGGCUUCGUGGACACAGACAACAAAGUCUACCAGAACACGCGCAAGAUGAUCCUCGAGAAGAGCGGAAACCCAUACUACCUGACCGGCAAGCACUUCGGUGGCAUCGGCGGCCCACACGUCGGGCUGCAGAACGCAUGGCCGAUGAGCGUCCUUGUGCAGGCUAUGACUAGCGACGACGACGACGAGAUCACUGAGUGUCUUGCUGCCGUGAAGAGAGUUAGUCGGCUUGGACUUGUACAUGAGACUAUCAAUGUCAAUCAUGGGACGGAUUAUACUCGUAGCUGGUUUGCUUGGGCGAACUCGGUUUUUGCACAGACGAUUCUGGAUCUGGCGCAAAGGAAACCGCAUUUGUUGUUUGGGAAGGGCGCAGAGCCGUAUACGCUAUAACGGGGUGUGGAGGGACUUGGCACGGGAUGUUUGAUGAGAUAAAUUCAAUGUUGUGACGUGUUUGAGUCAAAUAUAUUCGUAUGCUGAAUGGCGCAUGGGCGUGCAUUCAUCUAUCAUCCUUUCAAC